AUGUUGCGGCGGAUCGCCGCCCUCCUCCGCCAUCCACCGCCGCCGCCGCAGAGGUUCUUCUUUCUGCGCCUUGUCUCCGGCAAGAAGGAGCAGGAGGAAGAAGAUGACCCAUCGCCGCCCCAUUUCAUGGUGGGCUACCUGGUAGACUCCUGCGGGCUGGCCAUGGCAGACGCCGUGAAGGCCUCUCGCCACCUCAAGCACCUCAAAUCCCCGCAGAGGCCCGAUGCCGUGCUCCGCCUGCUCAGAGAAGAAGGCCUCUGCGAGCCCCACAUCCGCCGUCUGGUCGUGAGCUCCCCACGCGUGCUCGUCGCCGACGCCGCCAAAACCCUAGAGCCCAAGAUCAGGGCCCUCCGUGCCGCCGGCUUCUCCAGAUCGGAGCUCGCCCAGCUGAUCUCCGCCAACCCCAAUGCGCUCCGCCUGCGCGACGCUGUGCGGAAGAUCCAGUUCUGGCGCACCAUGCUGGGCACCCAGCAGAAGUUCCUCAAGCUCGCGAAGAACGUCCACCUGCUGAGCUGCAAGAUCGACGGGGAGGACACGCCAAUCCUCUCCUUCCUGCGCGGGGUCGGCAUGUCCUCUGCGGACAUCGCGAAGAUCGUGCAGCGGCGGCCCAGGCUGGUCUCCAGCAGGCUGAAGAGGAUCAUGCUGAUCGUGGAGCAGGUGAAGAGCUUGGGGGUUUCUCCAGGCUCGGCCAUGUUCUUGGAGGCGCUCUCCACUGUGUCCAACCUCAGCGAGGCCACUCUGGAGUCCAAGUCUCGGCUGCUGCGGAGCUAUGGCUGGUCGGAGGACGAGCUGCUCAGAGCUUUCCAGCAGUUCCCGAUAAUCCUGAGGCUCUCGGAGGAGAAGAUCCGCAGGGCCAUGGACUUCCUGCUCAAGGAGGCGGGGUACGAGCCGUCGUACGUGGCUCGGAGGGCGGUGCUGCUCGGGUACAGCAUCGACCGCAGGCUGAUCCCAAGGUUCUACGUUCUGCAAUUCCUCAAGAACAGGGGCCUUCCUGGAGGGGACAACGACCUGCUCACCGCCAUGAUGAUCUCCGAGAAGAAGUUCAUGGCCAAGUACCUCGCCCAGGUCCAGCAGGCCCUCCCCGGCAUCGUCGACAGCUACCCGGAAGUCUCCACCAUGAGGAACGCCAUCUGA